GGGGAGGUCCUGCGAUCUCGAAGAUGGCGGCUUGGAGGGCCGCUGGUCCAAACUUGUAAGUUAAGUCCGUUGGAAUGAGAGCCUAGCUACCUCGGACGUGUUACCACUGACGGAGCCGUCUCCUACGGCUUUUGAUGAGGUAUUUUUGCAAGUGGUACCAGCAUAUAUGACAUGUAGGCAUCCAAGGUAUAUUUCGUCUAGAUAACAGCAGCCUUGUUUUUUCUUCUAUGCCUUGUAAUGCAGUUUGGCUGGGGAGACAUACCCCUCGCUCGGUUUCUCGGUUUCUCGCUUGCGACUUUGCCAGCUCAUCCAGUUCCUCGCCUGAGGCCAGGCUCCCGCGAAAAGGACAGUAUUACAUGUACGUGUGCUCGCACUGAAGAUCUACGUAUAUUUGGAAAUUUGCCACGCUCCCGCCUCGUUCAAUCCCAGGCGACGAUGAUCCCUGACGCUAGUAUAGCUGCCCGACCGCAAUUAGCGCGGGCGUGGGGAAGUUUCACGUUCGAUCCUUGUGCCUGGCUAUGUCUACCUAACCUAACGUACCUGGUAUUUACGGUUCUGCGGCAACUUAGAAAGAUGGAAGAAAGCUGAAGAAAGUUGAAGAAAAAAAAAACCUGCUCGGAAGGGGAGACACAGGGUCGGGGUCUAGGUUUGAUAGAUAGGUACCUAGAAUUCUUUCGGGUACGAACGUUUAUUUCUCUUUUUGCGGAUCUGCGUUGCCAUUACAUUACAAUAUACUACGGGCUACCUAAGACGAGGGUCUAGGCGGAACCGGUCUCUUGGUCUAGAAUUCCUUACAUAGCAAUAUAGGAGAUUUAUCUUCUGCGAUCUGCGAAAGGCUGUUAUCCAAGGUGUAUAAAGAUCGGCUUUUAAUAGAGGCGUCUUUGUGAGUAUUAUACGUCUGAUAUUAAGAGAUUCCGCCACAACCCCCUCCCUCCCCUCUUCUCCUCUG